UGCGUGUCUCCAGUGACGCUGUGUGGCUGCAUCAGCGCACGGUUGCAACGCGACAGUUCGCAGAGCCGUUUUUUCCUCCCGUUAUUAUCACAGUGGGUCUAACGUACGCGCCACAAUGGAGACCAAACCGGUCAUCACCUGCCUGAAAACCCUCCUCAUCGUCUACUCCUUUGUCUUCUGGAUAACAGGAGCCAUCCUGCUGGCAGUGGGAGUAUGGGGGAAGUUGAUGCUGGGCCCGUAUAUCUCUCUGAUAGCCGACAACUCCACCAACGCCCCGUACGUCCUCAUCGGCACUGGGACUGUCAUCAUCGUGUUCGGCCUGUUUGGAUGCUUCGCCACUUGCAGAGGGAGCCCAUGGAUGCUGAAGCUGUAUGCCAUGUUCCUGUCACUCGUCUUCCUCGCUGAGUUAGUUGCUGGGAUCUCUGGAUUUGUGUUUCGUCAUGAGAUAAAGGGAACCUUUCGCAGGACGUACACCGACGCAGUCCUGAACUACAACGCCGAGGAUGAAGCGAGCCGUGCCGUUGAUAACCUGCAGCACAGGCUGCGUUGUUGUGGAGUGUAUAACUACACCAGUUGGUUCGGCAGUGUGUAUUACCCAUCCAACGGCAUUCCUGCCAGCUGCUGCUUUAACGCCUCCGACUGCAACCCAGACGACCUCCGCAAUACAACUCUAGCCCCGAGCAAGGUCUACCACCAGGGCUGCUACGAGCUGGUCACUUCAUUCAUGGAGACCAACAUGGCCAUUAUCGCAGGAGUGACGUUUGGGAUCGCCUUCUCACAGCUGAUUGGCAUGUUGCUGGCCUGCUGUCUGUCCAGGAUCAUCACAGCCAAUCAGUACGAGAUGGUUUAGCUGAUGUGACGUGGCAGGGAGAUGAAGAGAAGAAGAAACAAAGAGCCUUGACACAUGACGAGUAAAUUCCCAAAACACUAUCACACGCCUGAAUUGGAAUUUACCUCCCUCCUUCUCUCUGCCUGUGAUCUUAAUGUAAUAUCUUAAUGUAUCUUACUGUAAAGCACCAUUCCACAACUCACUGCUGUUGCAUCAAAGCGUUCUAUACCACACAUCCCACCGCUGCUUGAUGUAGAAGUUGCUCAUUGGCACAUAUCUCGGAUCAGUACAGCCUGCACAGAGCAGGUAGACCAGAGUUGUCAGCGGUGUUGGUCUCAGAUAGGUGAUUGGGUGAAACUUAGCUUCUCAGUUGGCUGCAGCAUGCUCCACUGACCGUCAUCAGAAGACCACUGCACACCUUUGUACAGAAUGACAUUACUAAAGCUUGAAAGUAAUACUUUAUUAGAUAGGUUUAGUUUUGCAUUUGACUUUGCUAUUGCUCACCAUUGUAUAUUCCUAUGGUUGUGACAUUUUGUGAGCUGAUAAUGUGAGCUGGAGACUGAGGAGGGUGUUUUAAGUUUCUAGGAAAAACGAGGAAGCUAACAAAGGAGAGAAAAGUUGUAUUUUUACCUGUAGAUGAGGCACUAUAUUUUUUUGACCCAAUCAUUUGCCUCAAUAGCAGAUUAUGAGAUAAAUUAGAUGUUAAAAUUGUAAUUUACUUUACUGUCAAACUCUCUGAGUAACUUAAAAUAGCGCUAAAAUAAGUGCCCUAAUUUAACUAAAUCAAUCUUUGUGGGGAAAGAAAUCUAUUCAUCAAGCAAAACAGAUAAGGUCAGUUCAGGGACCCAGGCCUGGGUACAGAUCAGUCGUUCCUAACAUGAAAAUGCCCUUAGUCUAACUUUGUGUAGUUUUCAUUGAAAUGAUUUGAUCUCACCACAAAAUCUAGUUUCACAUCCUGGUGUGACCCACGCAUUUAAGGCUCUUAAUUACACUCAGUUAUCUUUAAAGGAGCUCUGUAUGUUAUUUAGAGCUUUAAUAAAGCAGCAAACAACUACUUGUUAAGAUGAUGGAGUAAUGGCACCCUAAGAAGAGAAUGAGGUCACUCUGCCUUUGUGUAUGUUGUAACCUGAGCUUCUCUGUCGUUUGUUGUGGUGGACGGUCCGAUGAUGUGAGUCCCUGCACUCCGCUUAUACGGUGGUUACUACUGAUAGUAGUAUAGCAUCGUCAGCGAAGUAUAGUGCCCGGGCUGUGGUUCCCGCAUGAUAACACUUUUACACUGCCUGUUCAAGGUGGGAAUGUCACACUGUUAUUUCUCCUCGCCAUUCUGUAUCGAAGAAAUGGGGGGACAGAGUUGUCUCACUUUUAAGCCGACUGCAGAGGUAGUAACAGCGCCAAAUCAACAUCUGUGUGAAAGGGACAGCCAGCAGGACGGGACAGGUGUGACGUUCUGACAAUGUAUUAUGUGUGCGACCCACCACUGAAAGAUUUAAGAAGCAGCUAGAAGCAGUUAGCAGCUAACUCAAAGAAGAAAAACAGCAACCAAAUUGGGAAGACAGUGAGGUCUGGGAGCUCCUUUCCCUCCAAGCAGAGGACGAAAUCAGCUGCCACAUAACAGGGACGCUAAUUGAUUGUUACUGCCAUGUUAUGCCAUUCUUAAUUUUGAAAAAGCGCUGCCGGACGGAUAUGUUAUAUGUCACACAAGAGGCCGACGCUGUUGUGUUACAUGCCAGCACACUAUCUGGAGCAGCAUUAUGCCGACAUUGUUUGUUUCUGUGUAAAAAAAAUCAAAGUAGGCACAAUGAAGGGUCUUUGUUGCGGUUCUAUCGCAGAAUCUCUUUGUGAAAAGGGCUACAGUUAGCUCUGUCAGCACUGUUGCUAUUUUUAGUACUGCUUGUGCUAACUGCUAGCUGCUGGCUGAACCACCUCCAUCUUGAGAACCAUGUGUAGACCUCUGUAUCAUAGAUAUGCUCGGAAUAUCGUAUAGAGCUCCUUUAAGGUUGGUAUUCUACUAACAAUGUAGAUAUUAUGAGGUGUCGUCAAAAGGGAAAAGUGUUUAUAGCUGUUUUGGAUGAAAAACACUGAGAGGGAUGAGAUGUUGUAAUCAUACAAACAGGGACAGCAGUUUCUGCCCAGAGGCAUUUAUAGUGUUAACGCCUGUUUGUCACAUGAAAAGUGAUGGAUUCUGUACUGGGAAUAUCCUCCUGAGACCUGAACUUUUGUUUGGUAUGCAUUUUUAAUUUCUUCUAGCUAUUUGGAGUCACUAAGACCUGAUAAGUGUAAAAAACUAAAUAUUGUCAAACGAGUACUUCCUAAUUAACAGUGUCUUUGCUUGUUACUUUUGCUAAAAUUGGUCAAAUUUGUUGCCAUA